UUCGUUAAUAACGACGAUGAUGGUUUUAGUAUUAGUAAUUACCCCUUUUUUUCUAAUAAUAACAAUAACGCUAUUUUAUUUAAUUUUAUUAUGGUUAACCCCGAUUUUAAUUUAGAAUUUAAUAAACCUAACGAUUCUUUCAGUUUCGGUAACUUUUUCGACGUCCUUAUAGAAGAUUACAUCCUUAAUAUUAAUAUUAAUUGCGCCGCUUUAAUUAAAACCGAACUUAUUUACAGCGUGCAGAAUCUCCUUAAAAGUUUUAAUAAUAAUAAUAAAUUUAGGUUUGUCCUUCGCGAUUAUUUUACGAUUGCUACUUAG